UCAAUCAUUUGACUAUGAGUAGUUUUUCUGAGUUGGAAGUUAGUCAUGCUGAAACAAAAGCAUGUGGUGCUAUAACAUUCAUUUCUACUCUAUUAAAUUAAUCUCAUCUUGAUGAAGUUUUAAAAUAAUACAGUUAUUUAUUUAUCUAUUUACUAUUGUUUCUUACAGAUCAAAAGCUUACAAGCCAAGUUCAUGAGAUUGUGGGACGCAUUAAUGGGAGAUUUGGAACUCUUACUGCUGUUCCCAUACACCAUCUGGACCAAUCUCUUGACUUUCACGCAUUGUGCGCUCUGUAUGCUGUUACUGAUGUUGCACUUGUUACUUCUCUUAGAGAUGGAAUGAAUCUUGUGAGUUAUGAGUUUGUUGCUUGCCAAGCAUCCAAGAAAGGAGUCCUCAUUCUGAGUGAGUUUGCAGGUGCAACACAAUCGCUCGGUGCUGGUGCCAUUUUAGUAAAUCCAUCGAAUAUCACAGAAGUUGCUGCUUCCAUUGCUUAUGCUUUGAAUAUGCCAGCUGAUGAAAGAGAAAAGAGACACCAGCAUAAUUUCAUGCAUGUAACAACUCAUACAUCUCAAGAAUGGGUUGCAACCUUUGUUAGUGAACUUAAUGAUACUAUUGUGGAAGCUCAACUGAGGACUAGGCAAGUUCCACCUCUACUUCCUAUGAAAGAAGCCGUUGAUCACUAUUUGGAAUCCAAUAAUAGAUUGCUUAUACUGAUGGAAUUACAAAUAUACUGGUAGAAAUGAAUGUUAUAGCACCACAUGCUUUUGUUUCAUAAGUUUGGUUUACCCACAUCGUGAAAAUAUUGUGGGUAAUCAACCAACUUAUGAAGAGUUAGUUGAACGACUUAAUGAUAUAACUUCCCGCCUUAAUGCUACUAACGAACAACUUAGUGUAGUUGUGGAUAUACUUCGUCAUAACAAUUUCAUGGCACCGCCUCCACCGCCUCCAACAGACCAAGCUUCAGAUGCAAAUUUAAGAGAGUCGCCAUCUAUUUCAGUUCGGGAGUUACAAGAUGAUUCUUAGUUUAUUUACAUUAAUUUACUAAGGAAUGAACUUUAUGAAGUUUUUUUUUAUUUUGGUAGGGGUAACCUUAAAAUGAUAACUUUAUGAUUUAUUUUAGUAUUGAACAUUAUAAAGAAUUUUAGCAUUAAACAUUUUAUUA